AUGGUUCAUUUGAAGCUAGAGACACUUCGGUUGAACGAUGAAGAUCAGAGCACCGGGUCCAGCUUGAUCACUCCUAGCCGAACCCAGCUCUGCGAUGAAGUGGUCCGUUGGUGGAAGGAAGAACCGGCUGCCGAAGAUAUGCUGAUAGAUACGUUGUACGAACAUUUGAUCCGACGACGCUCCAAUUGGUCAGUAACCAAAGAUGAAUUAUACCAAGCAUUGAAAUCGCAUAAAUUGUACACUCCAGAGUUGAACGAAUUGGACAGUUAUACUGGCGACAUCAGACCCAGUACCGUUACGGAUGCUGAUAUUGCCCAGUUGAAUAAAAAAUUGUUGGAUAAAGUUACCAUUGCUGAUACUGAGUUUGGGAAAGGAUUAGUAGCCACCGAUGAUAUUAGGAAAGGUGGAUUGGUCUUCCAUGAACAGUUACCAUUGACUGUGAUUCCGCAAUUGGACAAGCAGCCUUUGGUAAGUAGAGGUAAAUGUUGUGGUUUGUGCUCUGCUUUCACCACAUUGUCAUCACAAUUGAUCAUCAAGAACAAUUUGGAUUGUAACAUGUGUAACACCAUCUGGUGCUCGAAGCAGUGCAAGAAACUAGACACUACCCAUUCCGUAUUGAAACAUGCCACUUCUAGAAACUCAUUAUGCAAUAGCUCCAAUUGGAUCAAGUUCGAGAAUUUCUGUUUACAAGAAAGUCUUGUUGCCGCAUAUGCCGUUGGUGUCAUCUAUGCAAGGCAUGUGAUGCAGCCAACAUCCAAUUUGUGGAAACUCUUCACAUCCUUGUGUUCUGUUAGUCAGAGAGUACGCUGGCAAGCUUCUGAUUCCAUCAAUGUUGGUGGUACUUUUGAUGCGUCAUGUAACGGUAAGCUGUAUGCGGAUGUCUCAGCACCGAAUAUGGAGACACAAUGGUCCGAUGCGUUUGAAAUGUUCGCCAAAUCUUUCCCCAAAUGUGAUAUGGACUAUGAAGAUUUCUUAAACCUCACAGGCACCUUCAAUUUGAACCAAAUUAUGGGUCAAGUUUACCCUUUAGUGGCUCAUAUUAAUCAUAGCUGUGAACCUAAUGUAAGGUACGAAUUGGAACCAAAACAUGGGAUUAAAUUAUACGCUAGAAAGGAUAUCAAGAAGGGGGAACAGUUGCGUUUAACUUACGUGAAUCCAUUGCAUGGUGUCACCUUGAGAAGAAGAGAACUAAGGGUUAAUUAUGGAUUCCUCUGUCAUUGUCCUCGUUGUUGUCAAGAAUGGGAGAAACGCCAAAAGAUAGUCAGUGACCCGUCUAACCACGCUAUAUCAUCAGAGGCUGCACAUUCAUCUACCACAGCAAGGAGGAAAUCCUCAAUGAAAAGUUGCAGACCAAGUCUCAAGGAACUUUUAGAAAACGGUGAUGAGUUCGAUCUAGAAAUCCCAUCCGAUGUCAAUUCCAAGAGAAGAAUGUCUGUGCGAUUCAAUAGCCAUGUCACACUGGCCGUCGAAGAAGAAUAA